AUAACCGGAAAUGAUUUGACCGGAUAAAAUAAGGAAGGAAAAGCAGCGGGAGAAAAGAAGCGAUGGUGAACUUGUGACGCGUCUCCUGUUUGUCGGCUAAAAGCUGCGUUUGUUUACCAUUUGUGUUAUUGGGGCUGUUGCAUUAAAUGGAGUUGAUUUAAAUCAGUCAUGGCUGAGGAAUCAGGAGAGGAAAUCCAGCUACUCAGAAGUCAGAAGCCAACGCUUAUAGAAAUCCUAAGUGCCGAUCCUGACUUUGUACUCCAGCAUGCAGAUGCUCGCCGUCUGCUGCCUCUUCACGCCUACCAGCACGUGAAAUCUUGCCGCACUCCUAGUGAAAAAGUGACAGAGCUUUUGGAUCACGUCAUACAGAGAGGUCCCGAAGCAGCAAAAGAACUACUGGAGCUUUUCAAGGAUAACGCCUUGCAAGAAACCUUCCCAAGGCUUGACUUUAUUAACAAACUGAAAGUCAACACACGGUCCUCGGGGGGGAAAGAAACCUCAAAAAAAAGAAAACAAGCGCCUGAGAUACCAGAUGUCAUUCCAAACAAAAGGAUCUGCAACAAUGGCUCUGGCAUGGUGAGUGAGAAACAGCUGAUGUCUGUGGCCCGUACCAUCGGCAAAUCUUGGAGGGCGAUUGGCAGAGAAGCUCUGGAAAUCUCAUCUGUAAAACUGGAGCAAAUCGAAGAGGACCAUAAUCUCCAUGUGGAGCGAGUCUUUGCCAUGCUGCGUCACUGGCGUAACUCACAGAGGGAAAAAGCCACACCCACUCAACUGCAUUCGCUUCUCAGUCAGGGAGAGUGGAUGUUGCCACCUGAAAGCAUCGACUUCCUGUUGAAGACUGACUGAUUACUUGCUUGGAGUAUAAAGGAAAUGUUUUUACUGACAAGUCAGAUCAUAAAUAUCAGGGCUUAAACAAGAACAAGAUUUUAUUGUUUACUACUCUGCAUUUAGCACUACUCUACUUUAUACUGUACAUUUUUAAAUGAUGCAUUAACAGUUAUCGUAGGAAAGUCAUAGAAGUUUUGCCUCAUGAAAUCUCUUACAAGAGUUGCUUUUAUGUCUGUUUUCUGUUGUGGUAUCUGUAGUAUGAUUUUUAUUCACCUUUCAUUUGAGAAGAUAAUGAAAAGCAAGCUGUACUUACUUCAUUUGAACGGUAUUUUCUUUUUAUGUUGGGAUUAUUCAUCUUAGGGAUGAAGCUCAGCGGUCCACAUGAAGCAGCAGAGAAAAGAACAUUUUCAAAACUCUUUCAUGGAAAACAUCUGCAAAGGACAGAAGCAGGAGAACCUUAGUACCACUUGAAAUAACUCUUUGUAAUUGUUGUAUUACUCGUUCAACUGCCAUAAAA